ACGACAUGAUUUGAUUUAGGGAAAGCAGGAGGCUUAGUGGCAAUUAAGUCUAAGAGUGUAGGACCCUUGUUCCUUCUCUGUUGCAACUACACAGGCCACAAAGGCCUACUUAUAAGAACUAGGACUCAACAAACCAAGUCAUCUCCAAAGUCUCCAAAAGCUUCCUGUCAUUAACAAUCACACACUCCCUUGGCACUUUCCAGUUCUGUGCUCAAUUUCGGUUUUUCUUUUUGCUCCUCGAAAAACCAUGGAAAGAGAGGCUAACAACAACACUAAUCAUACCCGCGACGCCUCGUUUGCUUCUUACCUCACCAGAGCAGAAGGGAACUUGGUGCUCAAGUCUCCUGCCUUGAACUUGAGCCAAAAGACCGAUCAGGAGGGCGAAAUCAGUGUCUUCGGCGCUGAAAGAUAUUUCAGCAUGAUGCUGGAAGAUGACAGUCCAAGAGUACUUGUGGACUUUAACAACACCAGCAGAGCUGGUCUGCAGCGACUGAAGCAAGCAAAGACUGGUAGGCCAGGAACUCCUAGUACUUGUUCUAAUGCAAGCUGGAACAUUCAAACCGCUUUCUUGCCUUCUCGGAGAAGAAACCAGUCUCAGAACGAGAAGAAAAAGGUGAAUGGAAAGAAGAUAUUUUCCGGUUUUGGCUGCAAUGGUUCUUGUUCAGAUCAGAAAUCCAUUCAUGUUCAUGAGGUUAAUGUACGUGUUGCUAGAGAUUUCAGGAAACUAAGUUUUGGAAGUGAUCACCAUCCUGUCAAGCAGUCUCCACCAAGAAUUAAGGCCAAAGAUCACGAGCUUCUUCACCGCUACCCUAGCUUUGGAGGAUCAAACAAAAAACAACAUUUUCGGUUUACAAAUUUUGGAGCUAAAGAAGAGAAGAAGACAAAACUAGAAGAAGAAGAGCCACAAAAAUCGCUGGAAGUGUUUGGAUCCGAAAUGAAGAAGGAAGGAGAAGAGUUAGUGGCAAUAAAUCUAGAGAGGAGACUUUCCAUGUUAUCUUGGGAUGCCAUUCCAAAAGCUCAAAGCCACUCAAUUACUUCUGGAAAUAGUGAAAUGAUCAAUGAAGAUAUUGAGAGUGAUGCUAGUUCUGAUUUGUUUGAGAUUGAGAACUUAACCGGCACCUGUCAGCCAUUAAUAUUCACAAAGCAAGCAUCUGAUGGAUUGUCCAUGGCUUCCCCCACCAAGUAUGACUCAAGUGAGACCAGCAUUGACUGUAGUGUUGUCACAGCUAAUUUUAUCUCAGCUGCAGUUUCAGAUUACGAUGAGAAGAAAUUAGUGCCGGCCAACCAACUGCAACAUCAAAGCCUGAAUUCUUCAAUGGAAGUAGGCAAAGUUACAAUCUGAGACUGAGGUGAAAAUGUUUUGAGUGCACAUGCGUUGCUAUCUUGUACAAGCAAGUAGGGAAAAUGUGUAAAACUUUUCCAACUGUAGGUUAAUCUGCAGCGAAUGAUAUAUUGUUCCAAAAUUGACCAGACCAGCUUUAC